CUUCCCGUCCCCUUCCCGUCCCCGCGGCCCGUCCCCCCCCCCCGCCGCCCGGGCCUCGCGCCAUGGACUCGGACGAGGGCUACAACUACGAGUUCGACGAGGACGAGGAGUGCAGCGAGGAGGACAGCGGCGCCGACGACGACGACGACGACGACGACGACGAGGACGACGACGACGACGCCGCCGCCGCCGCCGACGAGAACCUGGACCUGGGCGAGGUGGAGCUGGUGGAGCCCGGCCUGGGCGGCGGCGGCGGGCAGAGGGACGGACUGCUCGGCGGGGAGACCGGCGGAGGAGGAGGAGGAGGAGGGGGAGGAGGAGGAGGAAGCUCCCUGGGCCCCGGAGGAGGCCCCGGCCACGACCAGGACGACGACUACCGCUACGAGGUGCUCACCGCCGAGCAGAUCCUGCAGCACAUGGUGGAAUGCAUCCGGGAGGUCAACGAGGUCAUCCAGAAUCCAGCAACGAUCACAAGAAUACUCCUUAGCCAUUUCAACUGGGAUAAAGAGAAGCUGAUGGAACGGUAUUUCGAUGGAAACCUGGAGAAGCUGUUUGCCGAAUGCCAUGUAAUCAAUCCAAGUAAAAAGUCUCGAACACGUCAGAUGAACACAAGAUCAUCAGCACAGGAUAUGCCGUGUCAGAUCUGCUACCUGAACUACCCCAAUUCGUACUUCACUGGCCUUGAGUGUGGGCAUAAGUUCUGUAUGCAGUGCUGGAGUGAAUAUUUAACUACCAAAAUAAUGGAGGAAGGCAUGGGACAGACUAUCUCUUGUCCCGCUCAUGGUUGUGACAUCUUAGUGGACGACAACACGGUUAUGCGCCUGAUCACAGAUUCAAAAGUUAAAUUAAAGUACCAGCAUUUAAUAACUAAUAGCUUUGUAGAGUGCAAUCGACUGUUAAAGUGGUGUCCUGCCCCAGACUGCCACCAUGUUGUUAAAGUACAGUAUCCUGAUGCUAAGCCUGUUCGCUGCAAAUGUGGGCGCCAGUUUUGCUUUAACUGUGGAGAAAAUUGGCACGAUCCUGUUAAGUGUAAGUGGUUAAAAAAAUGGAUUAAGAAGUGUGAUGAUGACAGUGAAACAUCCAAUUGGAUUGCAGCAAACACAAAGGAAUGUCCCAAGUGUCAUGUCACCAUUGAGAAGGAUGGAGGUUGCAAUCACAUGGUCUGCCGUAACCAGAACUGUAAAGCAGAAUUUUGCUGGGUGUGUCUUGGCCCUUGGGAGCCCCACGGAUCUGCCUGGUACAACUGCAAUCGCUACAAUGAGGAUGAUGCAAAGGCAGCCAGAGAUGCACAGGAGCGAUCCCGAGCAGCCCUGCAGAGGUACCUGUUCUACUGCAACCGCUACAUGAACCACAUGCAGAGUCUGCGCUUCGAGCACAAACUGUAUGCUCAGGUGAAGCAGAAGAUGGAGGAGAUGCAGCAGCACAACAUGUCCUGGAUUGAGGUGCAGUUCCUGAAGAAAGCAGUCGACGUCCUCUGCCAGUGUCGUGCCACACUCAUGUACACUUACGUCUUCGCCUUCUACCUCAAAAAGAAUAAUCAGUCCAUCAUCUUUGAGAAUAACCAAGCUGACUUAGAGAAUGCUACAGAGGUGCUUUCGGGCUACCUGGAGCGAGACAUAUCCCAAGAUUCGCUGCAGGACAUAAAGCAGAAAGUACAGGAUAAGUACAGAUACUGUGAGAGUCGACGAAGGGUUUUGUUACAGCACGUGCAUGAAGGCUAUGAGAAAGACCUGUGGGAGUACAUUGAGGACUGAGAAUGGCUCUGCAUAUAAUGAACUCUGAAAACUUUUCCAUCUAGAGUGCUCAUGCAAUUAAAACAAAAACGAAAAAAAAAAAAAAGGAGGCAGUAAGCCUGUGCUGAAACCGCUGGUCUGUAGUACCGGAAUUCUGUUUUGUUAACGGAAAGUUUAAGUAAAUUAUAUUGUAAUAAAAAAGGUAGAUAAACCAUUGUACAACAGUAUUCUAGGCCGCCAACAAAAGUGUGACAGACGCACUAAAAAGCCCUCCAACUUUAACUUGUAACGUAGCUUCAUUCUCAAAGCUGACUUUCUUUCCUUUUAUUUUCCCCCUGUGUGUAGUACAGAUAAAAUCUAAAACAGUUUCUUGACACUGCUUCUCAUGUCCAACCCAGCCAUUUUGAUGUACUUUGGAAAGGGAUCUCGUCCCCUCCCCCUGACCACGCACACACGCAACCACACAAACACACACAUAUUCAAGAAUGAAUGUGGAUUGGCUCCCUGUAAAGAUAAACAGUGGGGAGGGGAAGUGGGUAAGCAGCAGCAGAGAGAAAACUUUGUAUAUGACUUUUAAAAACAAGAGGACAACACAGUAUUUUUCAAAAUUGUAUAUAGCGCAUAUGCAUGGACAAAGCAAGCGUGGCACGUGUUUGCAUAAUGUUUAAUUACAAAAAUAUUUAUUCUUUAAAAUCUUCAAGAUUAUGCCUAUUUGCUGUGCAUUUUCUUUCAGUUGGCUUUAUUUUCCCAGGGUCCGGGGGGCAGGUGUGUUGGUCUGGCGAUUCUGUGGAAGGCUCGACUAGCUUAAUUUGAUUUCCCUUCUUUGCCCUUUCUAGUUUUGGUGUAUCCAUUGCUGGCAGUGGGCAUCACACCUGGAAUUUCCGACUCCUGGCAUAAAAUGAUUCAACUGGCGUGCAGUGCAGUUGGGGUGAAUGGAGUGUUCUGAUAAAGGCUCGAACAUAGAAGCUUUGCCCUCUUUUUUUUUUCCUCUUUCUUUUUCUUUUUUUUUUUUAUUGCUCCAGAUGCCACUCUUGUGUUUUGCCCACAUCAAGCAUCUUUGUGUGGUCUCUAUUAAAGAUGGCAUAUAUCUCUUCCAGUUAGCUGAGCGUCGGUUCUCCAGAGGAACCAUUGGAGACUUUUCUUCAUUCUUUUUAACACUACUUAAUCCCCAUUAAGAUUUCAGCUAGGGCUUUUUUCUCCCCGCUCCCUUUUUUAGGUAUCCAUUAGAAUGUUUUUGCUGGGGGUUUUUUAAUUUUAUUUUAUUUUUUAUUUUAAAAGAAGGGUUCACUGUAUAUCAUUGUGAAUUUGAAAAGGAUUAGAGCGAAAUUGCCUGCCUGGUCAGGCUGGUUCGAUUAUAAAAGCAAACAGCCUUGAAGAACAUCAUGUUUUCAUCUAUCAUUUAAAUAGAAAUCAUUGGACUUGCUCUUUUCAACUUCAAGAGGUUAGGAUAAUUGAUUCAUUUUAGUUGUGGUGUCCAUUUUUAUGAAUUCUGUACCAAGAGCUAUGUUAAAAGUAAAGGAUUGGUGGUGGUUUUUAUUAAAUUUACACCUGUUUAGGCAAUUCCAACUGUGGUAUUUUUCACCAGGUUAGCUUCCCUAAACUUCAUCUGUUAUUUCAUCACUUUAAGCCGGGGUGGGGCGGGGAAAAGAAUGGUGAAAAAUCAUGGAUAAAGAGGUCUUGGUAUUAAACACCAAUUUCAACUGAGAACCUCUUACUCUUGUCCUUUAAAUCUUUUGCGCCUGGAGACUUCCAUCUGUGAACGGCCCACGUAAGGUGGGUUUUCCCCCACUUCUGACACCCUGCAUAUUAUUUCUUCAGUUAGGCAUUGGUUUUCUUCAGCCUCUGUCCCUUCCUGGGGUUUUGCUGAAUCUACUCUCGCACUCUGCAUUUCCCUCCGGAAAGUGGGUAUCCUUUAAGGCAUUCACCGUCCAACUGAAGUGGGAAUCAUCGUGAGCGUGAGCGUCUAGCCUAUAUUGUGCUGCUUCUUUCAGCAGACCAUCUUUUAGGAUUGCGUUCCCUUCUGGGUAGGUGCAGACCUGAGCUAUCCUAAAGUGCUUUUACAUUUCUCAUUCGGUAAUCGCAGCAACUCUGAAAUACACUUACGCGAGUGGAAGUGAGGUCCCGUCCUUGAGGGAAUCAGGGACGUUAGCCGAUGUUUUUUUACGUGGAUGUGCUGGUCUCUACAAUGGCUUUACAUGUGUUUUAUCUUACCGGUUAACUUUGCAGGUUUUAGGUUUGAGUAUAAUAAAGUCACUUCUCUAAACUCUCCCCUUGCCACCAAUAACAGUAUGCAACGGCUUGUAUCUUCAGCUCCCAGCGAUGAAGGAACACUGCUUUAUGGAAAUGCUUCCCGGCUACGGUACUGAUGACAAUUUGAGGAUAUUAUUGAGUGAGGACGAUAACUUCGACACGGUCUGUCCGAUCUGGAGCCGACGGCCCCACCCGUUAUGGCAUUUGCCUCCAGAUUUGACAAAAUCCUCCACGCUUUAACUAUUUUCAAUGAUGGCUUCAGUGCCUGGAGCUGGUUGGGCGCUUCCGCAUAUUGUGUUCCAGCUUCCCUAAUCCACUGAUACUUGCCUUUUAAACAGAAGGCGCUUUUCAGAUAUAAGGGUCUUUCCUCAUUUAUUCAAGGGCAGAUACAUUCAGUCACCGGCAAAGUGGAUGCUUUUUUCAAAGCAAUAUAUAGAGCAGUAGGUGGGAUUUCAGUCAUUUACAAGAAAGUACCAGCCCAGAACUCAGGGUGCGGACCGCAAGAGCAAAGUUGAGUGGCGUGUGUCAUCGGAACCCCAAUUCUGUGUAAUUCACUGCAGUCUAGUUGUGUGAAUCUUGAAUUUUUAAUAACACACACGCGCACACACACACUCACACAUCCGGAAUGGCAGACUUUCAGUUUUCAAAACGGUUGAAUCUGUAGUGUUAAAUGUCGUCCAACCAUUGUUAGAAACUGAAAUUAGUACAAGUGAAGGUAAAGAAACUUCAGUUCUACUCAGUGUCCUGAGGUCCUAAGUCGCUACAAAUCCCAUUCUAAAGCACUUGGGGAUUGUGAGACAAUCAGAUCGGCGGAUUGAUUAAUGCUCCUAACCCUGUAAUUUUGUGCAUAGAGAGCACCUUGUGCUGUGGAAAUAACUGUUCUUAGAUUUUCAUUGUAACUGGACUGUUCAGGUUGCCCAGAGGGAAAGAACAUUCCUAAUUCUAAUAAAAUAAACUUUUAUUUU